AUGUUCUCGGUAACCUCUCUUCGGCAUCAGCUGCGGGGCCAGAUCCCGGCCCUAUUUCUGCUUUUCUUGUUCCUCGCUCUCAAAACUGUCCUUGCUGUCUCCCAGGAACCGCAGAGCGACUUUUGUCGGAGAUUCUCCCACCAAUCGACCGUGAUCGACGACCGUCUAUACAUUGACGGCGGAUACGUCAAUUACAAGAAGGACGAUAAAGCCUACGUAGCGACGGCGAACGAACCUAAUAUCUGGCUCGGAUAUCAUGACCUCAAAAACUUUGGACCAGAUGGCCUGCUCAACCCACAGCUUCACAUAGACUUGGACAAAAACAAGACGUUAGUCAAGCUCGCAGCGCUAGUUAUGCCCACAGUCGCCGGCGGAAUUCUAUGGCCCGACAGCAUCAACAAGCGGUUCUAUCUAUACGGCGGCAAUUGGAUAUCGCCACAGAGGGCAGAUGCCUUCACCCUCACAGGCUAUGACAUCAUCAACGACCGGUGGGACGACUUCGGCCCUUCGAAGAUCAAGCUCAACGUCUCCGCCCUUGGUGCUGGUGUUGGCGUUUCGCAGACUGGCAAGGGCUACUACUACGGAGGCUGGGUCAGCGACAAGUCGAUGGAGGGAGGGCCCAAGGACGCGGUGAUGGUCUCUGACUUCUACGAGUACAGCUACGACAACAACACGUUCAAGGCGCUGAAAGGCAUAGACGACCGCCCGAGAGCCGAAGGAGGGAUGGUAUGGAUACCGACUGGCGACUGGGCGGGCGUGUUGGUGUACAUGGGAGGCAUUGUCGGUGACGGCGAUAAUAAAACUUCCCCCCAGCCCUUGGAAGAGAUAUUCCUGUACGAUGCGACGAUGGGAGUAUGGUACAAACAGAAGGCGGAAGGGGAAGUCCCCCAGAACCGAGGACAGUUUUGUGCCGACGUCGCUCGGGCGCCCGAUAAUUCAAGCUAUAACAUCUAUCUCUGGGGAGGGAAGGCUGAAUACCCGCCUCUUACCAAUGCUUCAGCGUACAGUGACGUCUACGUCCUCUCGAUGCCCUCGUUUAAGUGGCUCAAAGCCGACCCUGACAUUUCCAUCGCCCCAGCCAACCGUACAGGCUCGAGAGGGCGCUUCGGCUCAUCCUGUAACAUGGUCAACAACAUGUCACACAUGUUCAUCAUCGGUGGUAACUACACAAACGAGACCAACAAUGAAUGCGAGCCCGCGUGGGGAGUGCACGGCUUCUGGACAGGCACGGCGAACAACACGGGUAACAAUAAGCAGUGGUGGGGGUUCCAGACCAAAGACACCACCAGCAACGUCGUCCCCUCACUGGUAUACAGUGCCAUUGGAGGUGACAAAAAUGGCGGCGCAGUAACCAAAGCGCCCAAGGAUGGCUUCAGCGCGGACAACAGGCCGCUCGCCAACCUGUUCAGUCUCACCUGGCUGUCACCAAACCGCCAGCCGUCCCGCAACGUUGGCGGCGCGGCCCCAUCGAGACUCAGCACGGGUGCUAUUGUCGGCAUCGCCAUUGGCGGUGCCGUGGCCCUAGCCAUCAUCCUCUUCGCCUGGUGGAAGCUAGGAAAGAGGGUCCUGCGGCGCCGCGAGGAGAGGCACCGGGCGGAGGUGACGCAGGAGGCCCAGCAGAUGAACCAGAUGCAGCAGGAGGAGCUGCAGAAGCAGCAGACGCAGCACAUGUACCAGGACCAUCAAUUCCAUUCCGGGCAGUCUCACUACUCGUCCUACUUUGGCAGCGGCAGCGUGGGCACCGUUACCACCCCGCCGUUGAACGACUCGCACUGGGGCUCGCUGCCUGUGCCUCGGAGUACUGAUCAGCAAUUCUCGGCAGAUGUCACAGAACUUCCCGGUUCGGAUGGCAAUGCUAUCAUAGAACAUAAACCUUCUGUGUCUCCGGUCAGUCCGCGUAUGUAA